ACGUAUAUUUUAUUGAGUUGUAUUGAACAUGAUAAAUGUCUUUGGUACACUACCAGUUAAACCUUAACAUAAGCAUAGUAUAUUUAUGUUUCUUUUCAGUCCCUCGAAACUUUAGAUUGCUUGAGGAACUUGAACGUGGAGAAAAGGGUAUUGGAGAUGGUACUGUGAGUUAUGGAAUGGAUGAUGGAGAUGACAUUUACAUGCGUUCAUGGACAGGCACCAUUAUUGGGCCGCAUAAUGAACAUUUUGCAAAACGAAAUAAGAUGGUUCUUACUCUUAAAUAUAUAGAGUGCUGCGAAGGGAAAUAACAAGAUUUGGACCUGAUCAAU